CCUCUCUCCCAUCUCUCUUCUCUCUUUUAUCUCUCUAUCGAUAUGGAAGGUUGGUUCAAACGACGAUGUUUUUAGUGUGGUCGAAGAGAAUGGCUCUGUUGUUGGGGAAAAGGUGGUUGGUGGAGCACCGGAUGCGGGCAAAGAAGGUGGUAGAAGGGAGUUUGAGCCAGUUGCAGGUGACAGUGACUGUGGGGCGGGGAGAAGGUGCAUACUUUCUUUUUGCCGUUGAUGGUGGUGGAGCAUGGGCAACACCGCAUUCGUUAAAGAGGGAGAGAAGGUGUUAGGGAUGAGGGUAUUUUUUACCAUUGAGGCUUUUUGGGAGGUGUAUGAUUCAUAUUGGGAGGUGCAGCUUAUAAAUACCUAUAUUUAAAGACAAAAAACAGUUGGGCUAAAUCAAGCCCAAGGAAACGAUGAUUACGGUGAAUUCUUCAAAGGUGUAAACUGAAACGGAACGAAAGUUCAACUCCUUCUCAUGGAGGAAACUAACCUAAGCAACACGCAUCCACACUGAUUCCAAACCUUGCAGUUGCAGAGCAGAGGUUCCAAUGGCUACUGCGCAUAACACUCUUUCCUCUCUCCUCGCGCCUCAAGCUACCGGACGAACCACUCUUCGUAUUCCAAUUUCUUCAAAACGCCACAGGAAAAACCAUUUGCGACCCAAAAUUCUGAAAAUCCUUACUAAACCCUACCCCCUCGCCCUUCCUCUUCUACCGUCACUGCCGCCGCCACAGCCUAUCGUAUUGCCUCAAGAAAACAACAACCUCUGCGUCGAAAUUCCCGCCGGACAAUCAGAUAAAUUUGAAGAGUUACAAGUCUCCGAGGGUACCGCGAAGGACAAUGGUGUUUUCCAGAACGUUUCUGCUAUGGAUAUAUUCAAAUACGGUGGUCUGUAUUUUCUUGGGUUUUUUGUGUUGCAGACGAUAUACACCGUUUGGAUUGUUGGGGUUUACAAAUCCAACCAGAAAGACGGGGAAUUGGAGAUAGAUGGAAGGGAAAAUAGGGAUGAGAAAACUGUGUCAUUGCCUGUUAAUGGUGCUAGCAAUGCUUUUCUUUCUGAGGAGCAACUUUUAAUGGAGAAGAAAAUCGAGGAAAUUAAGUUAAUGGCGAGGGAAGCGCGGAGAAUUGAAUCAGAGAAGAAAGGGAAAGAGGAUGAGGAUGAGGAUUUUGAAGUGGAUGAUGAUGAAGGUGCUGUUUCUGGUAAUAGACUUGGUAUUGAGAAAGAGAUUGGUGAGCGAUUGUUAAGGCUGCAGAAUAGGAUAAAUGGUAGUGCUAAGGAUAUUUCAGCAGGGUUACAGAUUAAUAUUCGUGGGAAUUCUGCUGCUGGUGUGGAUAGGGGUGUCAAUAAGGACGUGAAUAAGGGAAAUGAGGCAUUGGUGUUCAAGAAGAAGUUUAAAUUCAAAAGUCCUUCUAAUAAGGCUACAAAAACUCCCAAGGGCUUUCCAGGGAACCGAGAUUGGAACGAAUCUAAGGUAAAGAAGAGGGGUUCAGAAAGUAAGGAGGCAGCUCAAGAUUAUGGAAGUGAUGUUUCUGAUCAUGCACAAAUGUUACAUGAAGAUAAACCAGUGAAUCAACAGGAUGCUGUGACGCAGAAGAGUGUUUCUAAUGUUCCUUCGGAAGAAGGAGGAAAAUUUGUUGAUGACAAGUCCAAGGCGACGCGAGACAGUAUAAAUGGCAGUUUAAGGAAUGGAUUGUCUGAAAAAAAUUCAGCAGCCAACAGAGUCAAAGUUAAGCAAGCAAAUACUAAAACUGAUAUGUGGUGGCUGAACCUCCGUUAUGUUUUUGUCAUUCUCAUGCAAAGAGAUUCCGAGGAAGGAUCAGAAGGUCUCUAUAGCCUAAAGUUCACUUCUAAGGAACAGGAACAAAGUGAUGAUGAUUCCUAUACUGUUGCUUUUGAGGAUCAUGCUGAUGCCAACAACUUCUGUUUUCUAUUAAAAUCGUUUUUUGAAGAUUUGGGGUCUUUUAGUGCUGAUGCAGUUCCAAUGUCAAUACAAGAACUGAAUGAAGAAAUAAUAUCACGUGCCAAGAAAGUCGUAGUUGUGAAAAAGAGGCAGCUUCAACUCUAUGCUGGGCAACCACUUGCUGAUGUUGAAAUGGCAUUGCGCUCUAUAAUAGAGCAAGAUCAAAAUGCACCAUCAUCGCCGUGAUAUGACCGUUACUUUAUCAAGUCCUGCAAGAAAUGUCCAUGAUGAAGUCUGGAAGAAACGGCAACUAUACCACAAUUGGUGGUCAUGGUAUAUGGGGACACUUGGCGAAAAUUCGUAGUUUUUCACUUCCAUCAAAGUCAAAAGUUGGAGUUGAUGGAGCGAAUUGCUGGGCACACAAGUGAAGAAUGGUUUUUCGUGACUGAAUCUUGGUCUAUCUUUUGAAAAAUCUUCCUAGUAUUUAAGUUUCAAUGCCCAGUAUCUUCCCAAGGGAAGUUCGUGCUAGAGCCACUAGAUACUUUAUCAUUUAGAAGUCUCAUUGGUUAUUGUGAGUAGGUGAGUGAGGGGGUAGGAUAUGUGGGGAGAUUAGUUGUAAUGUAAAAUCUGAAAUUUUGAAAAUCAAUUCAAAUUGCAGGAAUAAUAAAUUUGAUCUACAGGCAGUGCGAACUUGAAAUAUUAAA